UCACAAGCGAACACCAGGGUAGGGUUGAGACGAUGAGACGAUCAUAGAAAAAGAAGGAAAAUGUGUUAUAAACAUGUAACAGAAGCAUAUAGAUGGGUGCAAAUACGAAACUAAGACACGUGGUCAGUUGCUGAAGAAAUUCCGGUGAAAACAUGCAGGGUCUAGCAAAAGGUCUGUAGCUGUGAGGGAAGGUGGAUGGCCCCAUAUGAGAGUGUAACGAUGGCAUGCUCCAAAUACAAGUCGACAAAAGAGACCACGCACGCUGCCCGCGUUUCUCGUUUAGUAGUGGAUCCCUGUACAGACCUCUUCAGGGACCUUCUCAGGAAUCAUGUUACAGAAAUUCAGUUUCCGCCCAUUCUUCAAAACAAGAAAAAUACACUAAGUCCCAUUCUCAAUAAAGUUCAAAGACCAUUGCUUUAUCCCAAUGGAGGAUACUUUAAUGGAACAUAUACUGAAUUUGAUCUCUCUUUACUAUACAUAUUGUUGAGAAAUAUAUCGGGUAUAUUGUCUCACAGAAAAGGAUGGGGCAAAACACCAGAUCCAUUAGACCGAUGUCUGUCAGCGAAUAUUGACCGAAUUCGAGAAAUAAGAAACAAAUAUUGUGGCCACUCACCCAGUGUAUCUCUACCUGAUCCAGAGUUCCAUACACUCUGGCAGGAUCUGACAAUUAUAAUUGGUGAACUUGAGGGGAGUCUUCCCGGAGGAUGUUCAAGAUAUUCAGAUGCUGCGAACCAAAUCAAAACAGACACUAUGGAUCCUGAACAGGAAAAGAAAUAUAUGGACAUCAUUGAUGAACAGUAUCAGUCUAUACAAGAAGUUAAAGACACUACCAUUGGCAUGAAGAAAGAGCAACAAAGGCAGGGGGUGCAGCAAGAAAUUUUGAUGUCUGAGGUACAACGACAAGACGAGAAACUGAAUUUUGAGCUACAUAAACAAGGCGGGGAACUACAAAAGCAAGGCGGGAAAGUACAAAAGCAAGGCAAGGAAUUAAAAAGACUAGGCGGGGAACUACAAAGACAAGACCAAAAACUACAAAGACGAGACCAAAAAUUACAAAGACAAGUCAUUGGGUUGAAAUCUGAUCUAGAGAAGGCAGUACUAAGGACAGAGAAGGUUUCGGACUCAGAGAAAAUCAACAUUCUUGAUAAUACUUCAGCUGUUUUGAAUGAACAAAAAUCCAGUGAAGUGUAUGUAAGGACAUCAGCUGUACAGGCCACUAUAAACAAACUCCAAGAUGACCACAUCGCCAUUCUGACCGGGAAAGGAGGGACUGGGAAGACAACCACCGCCUAUCAAGUCAUGUGUGAACUCUCUGACGAGUCAUCAGAAUCACCGUACAAACCCGUUCUAAUAAACUUCCCGGAACAGUGGGAAAAAGUUGUCAAUCCCAAUGAUCGAUAUAUUGCCUAUCUUGAUGAUUUCAUUGGAGCAACGAACCUAGAUACGCAUGUGUUUGAAAAGUGGAAGGUUAUACUCGAUAAAAUAUAUUCUUGCGCAGAGAAAGGAAAUGUUAUGGUGAUGAUUGGACUCAGAAGAAACAUACUAGAUGAAGGGAAAAUACAUAGCUUGCAUAAAAUUCUUGACGAACGAUAUAUCAUUGACCUCUCUUCAGAACAUAGCCUAACACUCCAAGACAAGGCAAACAUAUUAGAGGCUUAUACGAACAGUAACGUCUUAGGUGCUGCAUAUAAACUAUCGUAUUCUGAAACACAUGAGAUAAUACAUUCAGAUCCAUAUUACGGAUUCCCGUUGACAUGUUUUCAGUUUUUCUCCAAGCCUGAAUUUUUCCGGCUUGGUCCGUCCUACUUUAAACGUCCCAAUGAAACACUGUUUGCUACAAUAGAAAAAAUGCGAAAGUCGAAAUCUAAAGAUUGUGAAAAGCUGGCAUAUUGUGUUCUCUGUUAUGUAUUGAUACAUGGAAGUAUCGAUGUCAAGAGGGUCGAAGAAUUGUUUAAGACUAUCUGUGAAAAAGUCAAAAUCUCCUAUACAUCUGAAAUUGAUAUUAAAGAUGCUAUUGAGGACUUGAUCGGAUUGUACCUGUCAGAACCAACAAAACAAGAAUACAAGUUCUCGCAUGAAACCAUUUCAGAAGCUGUAUUGGUCUCUUUUGGACAACUGGCACCAGAUAUUGUAAUUAAGAGGUGUAGUUUGCGGAAAGUAAAUGAACUGAUUCGUACUCAGAACUACGAGUCCAAACCCGAGGAAGUGGUCUUGAAGAUCCAUGAACGUUACUAUGAAGAUCUGGCUCAGAAGUUACUACGUGGUGAUGACGGUGACGAGGUCGCGCAGGUUGCCAUGAACGUAUUACUUCACCCGGCAUGUUCUGAUUCUGACUUCGUGUCUGUUUUAUGUAACCGGGAAAUGUCUGUCAGAUUAUCAUCCGUAUUUUCUUUUGUCUGGGCAAAUAUACCUGUAUGGUCUAUGUGCGUUUUUUAUUAUGAUACAAGGGAUGUUCUGAAAAAAAAAAUGUUGGAGCAUUUUGGCCCUCAUCAUUCAAUUCUAACACAAUCUCAAUCUGAAGAUUCACCUAAGAAUAUUUGUACAUCAGAAUUACCAGAAGCGCAGCUCUCCACUCCCCGUGUCCCACUCCUCCAGUCAUCUGUUAAACAGACACAUGAAGCGAAGUAUAGGAUUACCUGUGAACAACUUCGUGAUCAAUUGAAAAUGCUGAUUGGUUUGAGACAAAGAAAUGAGGUAAUAACCCUCGUUCAGUAUAUUUCCAAGUAUAAAGAUUUACAUUAUCUUCUUUUUUUGGAUUACAAUGUUCUCCAUUACUGUGUCACUUACGGAUGGGAAACUGCUGUAGACACGAUACUGGCGAUCCACAAACCCACAAAGUCAGAAGAAGGCUGGUCCUGUGCUCACAUAGCCGCCUUUGCUGGACGGCCGUCGUUAUUACAGAGGUUCGUGGAUCUCGGACAGGAUAUAGGGGAGAGAACGCAGGAAGGUUACUCAGUGUUACAGGCAGCACUUGUCGGUCUCCGAUACGGUCAAGGUGUAGCUUUGGUAUAUAAUAUAUCUGUACUAUCGAAAGGGUUUUAUUUUAGUGGGGUUUUAUUCCCGGGAAUAGAGGAUUUCAAAAAUGUGAUAAACAUAUGUACUGCAACACAAAAUGCAAACCAAUGUCUAAUAAAAAGCGACCUUGCUUUGGAAAUCGAUGAGUUUGGGAACAAUGUUGUGCAUUAUAUUGUGGUGCAUAACUAUGGUGGUAUUUUACCUCUUCUCCUUGAACACAACAAAGACAUUGUGUUUCACCGCAAUAACAGCCAACUGCCCACGACAUUACACGUGGCCGUGUAUCUGGGUAGACCGGAACUGGUGAGGACAUUAUGGGAGGCGGGAGUACGUCCACGCGAUUCAGACCUGUCUCUGUCAGACACGCGCGAAAGUGGUGAAAACUUGAAAGACAAAACGGUUCAAUACAAUAGACUUCUAGGACCGUGGAUUGAUGGAACAACGAAUUUGAUAAACGUAAAAUUAAAAAUAAUUUCUGGGGUGAACGUGCAUUUCGGAAAUGAUUGCGACUUUCGGAACAUAAAGGAUUUCCUCAGAGAUAAACAGUAACACUGUAUAAACGUGUAACAACAGUGUAAUUAUUCGAGGUGAUGAAAGCCAGAACGAUCGGAGUCACUAAUUUGAGGAUAAGCAUGACUUUAGAAAGUGUUGGAAUAGCGGGAAAAUGAAAUAAUAAACAUAGAAUUCGAAAUAAUGAAUGAGGUAAAAGUAUAGUUUUGAAAUGAUUGUGAAAUAUUUCCUUGGAGAUAAAGUGUAACAGUACCUCAUCAUCAUUAUGAUGUAACAACAAUGUGAUAAAUCAGAGAACAGGUCUAUAAUUUAGUUUGUUGGUUUAUCAUGUGUCUGAAUA